GCAGCGGGACGCGUCGCGAAAAGUCGCGGUGGAACUUACCUGCGGUGUACAGAUCUGGCGCUUUACGCUGCCAGGCACUGCUGAGCUGGGAGAUGUCAGCUGCAGUCCGGACGGAGCCCUUGGGUCCUCCCAGCAGCUUUGCGAAGCGGCUCCUGGUGACCGGGGGUGCUGGUUUCAUCGCAUCACAUGUGAUUGUCUCUUUAGUAGAAGAUUAUCCAAACUAUAUGAUCAUAAAUCUAGACAAGCUGGAUUACUGUGCAAGCUUGAAGAAUCUUGAAACCAUUUCUAAUAAACAAAACUACAAAUUUAUACAGGGUGACAUAUGUAAUUCUCACUUCGUGAAACUGCUUUUUGAAACAGAAAAAAUAGAUAUAGUACUACAUUUUGCUGCACAAACACAUGUAGAUCUUUCAUUUGUACGCGCCUUUGAGUUUACGUAUGUUAAUGUCUAUGGCACUCAUGUUUUGGUAAGUGCUGCUCAUGAAGCCAGAGUGGAGAAGUUUAUUUACAUGAGCACAGAUGAAGUAUACGGAGGCAGUCUUGAUAAGGAAUUUGAUGAAUCUUCACCCAAACAACCUACAAAUCCUUAUGCAUCAUCUAAAGCAGCUGCUGAGUGUUUUGUACAGUCAUACUGGGAACGAUAUAAAUUUCCAGCCGUCAUCACGCGAAGCAGUAAUGUUUACGGACCACAUCAGUAUCCAGAAAAGGUUAUUCCAAAAUUUAUAUCUUUACUACAACACAACAGGAAAUGCUGCAUUCAUGGAUCAGGGCUUCAAACAAGAAAUUUCCUUUAUGCGACUGAUGUAGUAGAAGCAUUUCUCACUGUCCUCAAGAAGGGGAAGCCAGGUGAAAUUUACAACAUCGGAACCAAUUUUGAAAUGUCAGUUCUCCAGCUUGCCAAAGAACUAAUACAACUGAUCAAAGACACCAGUUCAGAGUCCGAAAUGGAAAACUGGGUGGAUUAUGUUAAUGAUAGACCUACCAAUGACAUGAGAUAUCCAAUGAAGUCAGAAAAAAUACAUGGCUUAGGAUGGAGACCCAAAGUGCCUUGGAAAGAAGGAAUAAAGAAAACAAUUGACUGGUACAGAGAGAAUUUUCACAAUUGGAAGAAUGCAGAAAAAGCAUUAGAACCCUUUCCAGUACAACCACCGUUUGUGUAGAAAGGACAGUUUUCAGAGAAAUUAUCCUACCUCAACAAGUGAUAUGAAAUCAAGUGACCAGAUGAAGUGUCCUCUUCAGAUGGAAUUAGAUUUGUGACUUUUGCAUAAAAUUCAAAUGCAAAAAUGCCUCAAUAUUUAGAAUUGUUUUAGUAUUGCCAUAUGAGUUAAAUAUCAAGAUUCUUUCAGAAAGCUUCUCUCCUGAAAGUCUGGAACCAGUAGGCCUAGAAAGACCUGUCUGUAGAAGGGGGGCCAGGAAGGAGGAAUCUCAUGGUUCUGAGAACCAGGAUGGGAAAUAGCUCUGCAUGGAUGACAGCCUUGGCUGGCACUGAACUCAGCUUCCCAGCCUCUCCCACUGCCCAGAAAGUCUCAAGUUUUCAUUUUUAGGCAAUAUAGGAUGAGCCAUAUGCCCGCAUUCAUCUUUUUUUAAAGAUCUGAUGUGCUAUAAUUGUUUUAAAAUGGGAACAAUGGACGAGUAUUUAGCACUUUUUAACUUUUGGUAAUUUUGUAAUAUUAAGUUAAAUGUUUUUUAAAAGAAGGAUGUAGUUUUUAUAUUUUCGAAAUCAGUUGUUGAACUAUAUAUAAGUAACAGUGUAUGAGAGAAAUUUUAUCAUGUAUUUACCAUUUAAAAUGAUUUUAUUUAUAAAAGUAUCAAUAUUUUAAUGUAUUUAAUGUAGAAUGUGGCUUUAUUUUUAGUAAGGUAUGUUUUUAUUUUGCUGUAGAAAAAAUUUUAUAUUACUUGAUUAAAUAUUUUUAAUUCCUCUGUCUCCUAACGACUUUAAGAU